AUUGAAUUAAGAGAGGCUAAAGGGAGUGAUUCUUAACUCUAGAUCAAAGGAAUGUAAUAUUGCAUACUUUUAAAUUUUAUUGCAAGUGUAAAUAUUUAAACUCCAGAUUUACGGCCAAACUUACACUUAGGCUUUUAAUUAUCUUUCUUUUAGCUAAUCCUCCAGUUGCUUCAUUUUAGCUUCUAGAAUAUUCCAAUCAUUGUUGAUCCCAUGAUGCCAACAGAAUCUAGGAGUUAUCAAAAGCAAAGAAUAACAUGCAUGGUUUACCAAGGAAUCAAUUGAUAUGCAAGAAAGGUAAUAGCAUCAACAUGGAAUAUGAAAGAAGGUAAAUCAAUGAAAGUGAUAUACCUGUUUUCAUCUUUUAAGCAAAGCUAAUACCCCUUCAGAUAAUUCAAAUAUAAGUCUCAAAGUCAUGGACAUUGGAGGGUAGAUUACUAGCUACUUGGGUUUUGUUCUGUUCCUUUACUGGCUGAGAGAGUAAUGAUUCUGCUGCUAGAGAGGAAAAUGGGAGAGAUAAAAGUGAUAAUGAUGAUGAUGGUUUUAUUGGGAAUUGCUUUUUCUGUAGAGGGUUCAAGGGAUCAGCUGCAAAAGUGGUGCAAAUGGAAGUCCAGAGUCAGUAAAGAAGCUUCUUCCUCGGAGGCCAAUCCAGUUUCUUCUUAUUCCUCUGUCCUGUUCAAACUCUAUGGCAAUGUUUAUCCUGAUGGGUUUUACUUUGCUCAAGUUAAUGUAGGGCAGCCUCCAAAGCCCUACUUUCUUGAUCCUGAUACAGGCAGUGACCUCACUUGGCUUCAAUGUGAUGCUCCCUGCGUACAUUGCACUGAGGCACCUCACCCGCUAUAUCGGCCAACAAAUGAUCUUGUUGUUUGUAGGGACCCGUUGUGUGCUUCUUUGCACUCAGGUGCCUACGAAUGUCCCAAUCCAGAACAAUGUGAUUAUGAAGUUGAGUAUGCAGAUGGAGGUUCAUCCUUGGGGGUUCUAGUCAACGAUGUCUUUUCUCUAAACCUUACCACUGGAAUUCGACUGGGCCUUCGCCUUGCUUUUGGGUGUGGCUAUGAUCAACUGCCUGAUGUAUAUACUCCUCCUUUAGAUGGAGUACUGGGCCUUGGGAAAGGGAACUCCAGCAUUGUGUCACAGCUCCAUAAUCAGGGGAUUGUCAGAAAUAUUAUAGGCCACUGUCUAAAUGCGACAGGGGGAUUCCUUUUCAUUGGGGAUGAUCUUUAUGAUGCUUCUCAAGUAAAUUGGACACCGAUGUCACGAGAUUCCACAAAACACUAUUCAGUCAGUUCUGCAGAACUCACAUUUGGUGGAAAAGGUGUGGGAAUUAAAAAUCUUGAUGUUAUCUUUGACAGCGGGAGUUCUUACAGUUACCUGAACUCUCAAGCAUAUCGAGCUAUAAUUUCUUUGGUAGAAAAAGAUCUGAAGGGGAAGCCCUUGAAAGCAGACAGAGGUGAUCGUACUUUACCAGAAUGCUGGAAAGGCAGGAAACCAUUCAAGAGCGUCCAUGAUGUAAGGAAAUACUUCAAGCCUCUAGGGUUGAGCUUCCACCAUGGCCAGAGAGUUAGAACUCAAUUUGAAAUACCCCCUGAUGCAUAUCUUAUCAUCUCUUCAAAAGGCAAUGCUUGCUUAGGAAUACUGAAUGGCACAGAGAUAGGGCGGCAGAAUGAUAACAUCAUUGGAGAUAUAUCAAUGCAGGACAAGAUGGUGAUUUAUGACAAUGAGAAAGGAGCAAUAGGUUGGAGCCCUGCAGAUUGCAAUAGGCCACCAAAGUCCAACACUUUCAUCAUGUAAUGAGUGAUGAAUGAAAUGUCUAUGUUCGUGACGAGUGAAGCAUCUAUGUUGCUUAUACUUACUGUAAAUGUACAUGGCAAUAAUUAGCGUAAUUUAAGCUGAACAACACAAUAUUGGAGAGAAUGAUUGUACGUCUAAUGUUGCAGAAAAAUAUUACUUAAGCAAAUAUAUAGUUUGGUGUGUUUGCAAUGGCAAUUCUAAACUUUGUAGCGGGCAUGAGUAAUAUUCUUUCUCAGUUCUAAUU